ACGCGAGAGCAUCGCGACGACCUCGGUUCGCAAGGCACAUGCCGAAACAGCUAGGAUCACCGACAUGGGUACAAAAGUUUCGAAAGGGCAACUGCUUCGAGUGCGCGACAUUUCUCGCCAGCUUGCUACUAGGCCAAGGAUACAAUGCGUUCGUAAUAAGCGGUUACGCGUCGAGGGAGCAAACGUUGUGCGAUUUGACGCGAAAAUCGUGCCCCUGUGUGCCGCGACCGGACAAACAAGCGGAACGAGAGCCGAAAGCGGAACAACCUGAAAUCACCAAGUACAAGUUUAAGCUCAUGACAGAGUAUAAUAGUCAAUUUUUGUUAAAAUUGGAAGAAGAGGAGGCGAGGAAGUUGGAGGAGAAAUUACUCUCGGACGAAAAGGAACAACAAAAAUUGAUCGAAGAACUGGAGCAGCUUCCACCGGAUGAGUAUUGGGGACACAGAAUACACGGCUGGGUAGCGAUAUUGCCAGAGCUAGAUGGACCAAGGGACCAGGAGAUUCCUUGUCCACUUUUCAUCGAGCCUACCACUGGCGUGUCUUACGGAGCCGCAGACGAUGACACGGCCCAGUUGUAUUUGGGCGUGGAAAGUAUAUGGAAUGACAAGAAUUAUUGGGUAAACAUGCAGUCAUCCGCAGGAUCGUGCGCGAAUAUAGCGUGGGAUUUAACGAAAGUGGAGCUGUGGGAACACUUACUACCCGGUGAAUCAUGGACAAUGCACGAAGCGGAAGAGGUCGACGAGGAAUCUGGCGUGGAACACGAGAAACACCUGGACAUGCCAGCUUCAUACGUAGAUCAAAUAAAUAUUAGCGAAGCAGAAUUUGAGAAACGGUUCCCAAAUGGUACGAAAACGACAUUUUAUAAAAGGACGAAGGUUGAACGCUACGCGCCGUAUCUUCAGCCGAACGGCUUGGUGCAAAAAAUCACCAUAUACGACGAUUACGAUUACACGAGUCCCAUUGAGGUGUACGAGAAUUAUGCGAAUAGAUCCGACAAUCUGGUGAAAUCGCGAAAAGAUCUAAAUAACGAUACAGUUGUGGAUUACUAUGCAAGAGGCCGAGCAGAUCAAUGCAAAGAGCAUCGAUACUUUGUCAGUGCUCCUCAUUUGUCAGUGGAUAGCGAGCGAAUUUUAGAUUUCUAUCACGUUGCGCGCUUCGAUGGUCUAUCUAAAUUCGAAAUGCAUCCGAAUUACUUGACGCAACACUUCGUCGACCGCGAUGAUUUCCUGUAUUAUCGGCACGUACAAUUUUCGCGAGAACGAAAGAGCUCCGCUCCGCACGAUAUUCAUUAUCGACACAUAUCGAAUAUCGUCGAGAAAUUUAAUAGAGACGAACGGAUAAAAGCAAGUAAAAACAUAGCAAUUCGUGAAUUUGCUAUUGACGAGAACGAAAUACGUCUUACGUAUCACUAUCAUCCAGGGCAAUUUACAAGAGUUCUGCGAACAUACAUAAAGCCACCGUUAGCAGAAAGGGGUGAACGAUUGGUUCUUAAUGUAUCCACGAUGCAGGGGUAUACUCCUCUAGAGGAAUCUGAAAAGUCUCUUCAUUUAUUAUACGAGCUAGAGACACAACUAAAGGAGGAAGAUGUAUCUGUAUCUCAAGUUAGAGCAGCAGAAAAGGAAAUGUACGCAUUUCUCGAGACAAGAAACAAAGAAUACUUAUUGCCAACACUAUCAAUAUCCAUAUAUGAUAAACUCAGAGAGCCAGAAUUUCUGACGGAAGCGUUGAUGAAAACAAACGGUCAGGAAGAUAUCACGGAAGAUGUAGAUUAUUUAAAACCGUAUCUGGCUCGUUUAGGCAAUCCAUCGGAACUAUCAAAUAUUGACGCAUAUUUUGUACAAUAUACGUGUCUCAAUGAUUACAAACAGUUACUUGUACAGAGAGCGAAUAAGAUCUUGCGUGAGUUUGAUAGAUAUUCGCAAGAAUUGAUAAAAACGCAAGCGUUACUAACACAGGAUGGAGAUGUAACCCGCGAAGAAGAAGAAAACCUAUUAGAGAAAAUAAAUGAAAUAAACUUUCACUUACAAAUGUUGGAAACCAGAUUAAAUCGGCAUAGAGACUUAGUUCCUAUAAGAUACGAAAUGUUGAUGGACCACUUACAACAAAGUCCGCAUCUCGCGAUACUUAGAGAUGACUCUAAGUGAAACAACGUUAAAGGUGAUACUUCACUGAAAGGACCAAGAGCCCAUUUGUCCAAUACAUCGGCCUGAAACAGCUUUGUAUUAAAAAAGAAAAAUCUUCAGUCUUCAACGAAAAGUUUGCACGUUUACCUUCGUCGUCAAAAGUGGCCAACGUAAAUUUACUAAGUUUGUUAGUAAAACUUCCGGUACUGGAACCUAUCGUAUGAUCCGUUAAACGAUCAGUGUUCGUCACAUCGCCGUUAGUUCCGUGACGACGAUGAUCCUCGGCAAAGCCAGAAAUCAACGUGUCCAUCAUUAUUGCCUUAAAACGAAUUCACACGAUUAAAACUGUUCAAAAUUAACAUGAAUCAAGCGCAGAUCGUACUUGUCUUGAGAAUACUUGUAGAAUUUUAUAAACUCGUGCCCCGUUCUCUCGCACAGGGAACUGUAGAAACAAACACGGCAGACAAUCCAAAUUACCUUCGUCGGAAGGUUUCGCCAUUUCCCAGCUCAGCUCAGAAUACCUUAGACCCAAUAACAAACUCUGUAGAAAAGUUAUUUUUAACGUGGUACUCCGGCAAUUAUCGAUCAUUGUGCGAUAUUUGAUUGCUUACGCAUUGGACGUCGUCCACGAUAUAUACACCUGACGAAUUAAUAGCAAUGAGUACGUGCAUGUCACGGUUUGUGAUCCACGAUGCGAGCCCUCUCACGGGACGUUCGAUUUGACCUUGAAAGAAAGCCGCUCCGUAACACGGCAAACUCCAACAAAACUCUAAAUACUUUCUGACAAGCUUUCGCGAGUUCGUGUUAGUUCCCGUGUGAUUUGGUAUCCGUUUGUAUUGCUCGAGCAGACGAGCCUCUGGUGCUCCUUUUCCCCCUACCAGUCCCAAUCCGACACCAAGCCCCAAUAACAAACUAGGAGAAGUGUAAUGAUGAGGCAAGAAUCGGCCACGAUGCUUCCUGAAAAAUGCCAGUGUGUGACUUUGAGGAUUGUACGGGCCGAGUUCAAUGCGUGCUUGCAACGCUCCCAGACUUGCAUAUCGUGCCUGUCCCUCACACGGAUAACGCCCUGGAACAUCAACGGAUGUGUUACACGCAGCAUACGAAAAGAUUGAAAUGAUUAAUUACCUUGCAGCACGUUGUUUCUGGCUUCUGCAUACAAUAAUUCCAACACUUUAGCUUCUUUUAUUUGCUCCUCAUCCGAUCGGGAAAGAAAUACAUUUCUUCUAAGGCAUAGCAAAGGCUCCUCAUCUGUCUCUUCCCUCUGAGAACUGUAUUUUUUCACUAAGCGAUUCCACUUUGCAGCCAGCUCUAAAGGCUUAUGAUUCGGAUGCAAUUGAACCUCCAAUCUUGAAGAGCAAAGCCACAGGGCGAAAACCGUUUGGCCAGUGAAUAAAGGGGUUCUUGUCAAUCCCAAUUCUCCUUCGGAUUGUAUCAUUGCAAGAAUUUGAUGCGCGGUAGAACUGUGUUCAAUGUCCAUUGUUAAAAAGAUUCCAGUCAUUAAAUACACAGCUAUUCUUACGGUAGACCUCCCCAUGUUUAGAUAUUGGGAUUGGUUCACUAUCAUUGCUAAAACGAAAAAAAUAAUUGUAAUAAUAAAGAAAAUAUACAUAGAA